AAUAUCGUCUAUACUUGGAGAACAAACCCCAAGGUUCGGUUUCUAGGAUUUUUCAAUUAUUGUCGCUGCUAGGGUUUUUCUGUAUUCCGGCGAUCCCGAUCAUCUCUUGAAUUUCUUUCAGUAAAUUGCCAUUUUUAUCAGGGUUUUGAAUCGAGUCCUUUGAACGAGCCCAAGUCAAUCAACGAAGAAACCAUGUCGUUGAGGCCAACUGCGAGAACCGAGGUUCGUCGGAACCGUUAUAAGGUCUCCGUCGACGCCGAAGAGGGCCGCCGCCGGCGGGAAGAUAACAUGGUGGAGAUCAGGAAGAGUAAACGCGAAGAGAGCCUGCAGAAGAAGCGAAGGGAAGGCCUUCAAGCACAGCAGUUUCCUUCUGCGGUUCACACUUCCACUGUCGAGAAGAAGUUGGAGAGCCUUCCGUCUAUGGUUGCGGGGGUCUGGUCUGAUAAUAGUAAUUUGCAGUUGGAGGCAACAACUCAGUUUCGGAAAUUACUUUCGAUUGAAAGAAGCCCUCCAAUUGAGGAGGUUAUUCAAUCUGGAGUUGUUCCACGCUUUGUAGAAUUUCUUGUGAGGGAGGAUUUCCCUCAACUUCAGUUUGAGGCUGCUUGGGCACUCACAAAUAUAGCAUCUGGAACCUCAGAACACACGAAGGUGGUUAUAGAUCAUGGUGCAGUACCCAUUUUUGUUACGCUACUUGGUUCUCCUAGUGAUGAUGUCCGAGAGCAGGCUGUUUGGGCCUUGGGGAAUGUUGCUGGAGAUUCACCUACAUGUCGUGAUCUUGUCCUCCGCCAUGGAGCUUUGAUUCCACUUCUUUCUCAGUUGAACGAGCAUGCUAAGCUUUCAAUGCUGAGAAAUGCAACCUGGACGCUUUCAAACUUCUGCAGGGGCAAGCCACAGCCUCCAUUUGAUCAGGUAAAGCCGGCUCUUCCAGCUCUUGAGCGUCUAGUUCAUUCGAAUGAUGAAGAAGUUCUUACAGAUGCCUGCUGGGCACUUUCUUAUCUAUCUGACGGUACUAACGAUAAAAUUCAAGCCGUGAUUGAAGCAGGAGUGUGCGGACGACUUGUACAGUUGUUAUUGCAUCCUUCCCCAUCAGUUCUCAUUCCUGCCCUUCGCACUGUUGGGAACAUCGUGACAGGAGACGACAUUCAAACCCAGUGUAUUAUUAAUGAUGGUGCCCUCCCUUGCCUUUUGAGCUUGUUGACUCACACUCAUAAAAAGAGUAUCAAGAAAGAAGCUUGCUGGACGAUAUCCAACAUUACUGCCGGAAACAAGGAACAGAUUCAGGCCGUCGUGGAAGCCGGUUUGAUACCUCCACUAAUUAAUUUGCUUCAAAAUGCUGAGUUUGAUAUAAAGAAAGAGGCUGCUUGGGCGAUUUCAAAUGCAACAUCUGGUGGUACUCAUGAGCAAAUUAAGUACCUUGUCAGCCAAGGGUGCAUCAAACCAUUGUGCGAUCUUCUUGUAUGCCCAGAUCCAAGAAUUGUUACAGUUUGUUUAGAGGGGCUAGAGAACAUUUUGAAGGUCGGAGAAGCUGAAAAGAAUUUGGGUUCCAGUGGAGAAGUUAAUCUAUAUGCACAGAUGAUUGAUGAUGCUGAGGGUUUAGAAAAGAUUGAGAAUCUCCAGAGUCAUGACAACAAUGAGAUCUAUGAGAAGGCUGUCAAAAUACUCGAGACAUAUUGGUUGGAGGAAGAGGACGAGGCAUUGGCCACAACCGAUGGUGGUGCCCAGCCUGGUUUCCGUUUUGGUGGAAACGAACUUCCAGUUCCUUCUGGUGGAUUCAACUUUAGUUGAAGCCUUGAAGGAUAUGGGCUUUUGGUGAUGAAGGGAGAGUAGUACUUGUGUUGGAUCACAAGCUUAUGUGUCGGAGUCAGGGCAUCUUAAUUCAUCAAAGGUGAAACGGUGGGUCGUUUUGACGUUGUUGUUAUCGUAUCCGUGUUCACAAAAAUAUCUGCAUUUGUACCAUGUAAUAAUAAUAUGCGCAAGUGGGCAUAUAGUUGCAUCAUAGGCAUUUGAUUUGUACUUAGUUUGGGGAUGGGUCUUGGUAGCAGCUAGCAGCAGGGUGUUCUUUCAUUUCGGCAUAUUGAGUCUGUUAUUAUUAUUAUUUUUUUUUACCAUUAUUAGGUCAUUCGUCAUUGUUGUUUUUUUACUGGCAAUUGCUUCGGAGUCGGGAUUUGUUUUGACUUAUCGAGUGAAUAUUAUAUUACAGUAUUUUUAUUAUAAACUUAUUUUUAUACUUGUAUCUUA